CAGACGCUUAACCAUCUGAGCCACCCAGGCGCCCUAAAUGGCAAUAUUCUUACUCCAAUUUUUUCACUACUCCAUUCUGUCCAUUGUGGAUGCGUCUUCCUAAAAGCCCUGUUUCAACAUAUUGCUGUCCUACUCAAGACAGAAAGUGGCCCUGUGACUCCUGGUGAAUCAAGUCCAAAUGGCUCCAUCUGUUCAUGGCCCUUCUGACCCCACCUGAGUCCUUGCCCUUAGACUCAUCUUCUCACUUAUUCUCUCCUUUGUGCCUCUAUCCCUGCCAUUCUUUCCAUCUCCAGGAAACCAAUGCCCUCCUGUCAGCCUAGUUAUCUCCUUCCCAUUGGUGAGACUCUGUCCACCUUGACCCACAAGGGUGUUCACGAAGCCUGAAAAAUCUGUCGCAUAGACUGUCCCUCCUUGAUGGUAUACCGUGGCCCCUUACUCUGCCCUGGACCUUUGCAUAUGGUAGUGUGUACCUUUCUGUCCGCUAAUAGUUGCAUGUAUCUGUCUUCAUCUUUGGUCAUAUCUUCUGGUUCUCCCAAAUUGAGUUGGCCCACCCGCCAUUGAGAACAUCGUGGCUGAGAGGAUCAAAAGUGGGGGGACAAAAAGGUAGAGCUACUGCUACCCCCUCAGCACCUGUGUGCAAAUUAAAGAAAGGCACCCACCCGUCCUGUGAAUCGGUGCCCAUCUUGGCAUGCAGAUCAAGGGCUGGAUUUCAGCCUUCACCCCCCGUUUGUGCAGUGAGCAACCUCCACAACCAUAUGUGGUGGUGCUAGGGGCAGGGCUUAGCACGAUGCAUGUCACCCCACCUCUGUACUGCCUUGUCCCCAGGGCCUGAAGGCCAACAUGACACGUCUUUACCAGCUGAUGACGGAAGCACAGUUUUCCCGCUGCUCCAAACCCGCCAAGUAUAAGAAGCUGCUGUUUGCACUCUGCUUCUUCCAUUCUGUGUUGCUGGAACGCAAAAAGUUCCUGCAGCUUGGCUGGAACAUUAUCUAUGGCUUCAAUGACUCCGACUUUGAGGUGUCCGAGAACUUGCUGAGUCUCUAUCUGGAUGAGUACGAGGAGACGCCGUGGGACGCACUCAAGUACCUCAUUGCCGGUGUCAACUACGGUGGGCACGUCACGGACGACUGGGACCGGCGCCUGCUCAGCACCUACAUCAACGACUAUUUCUGUGACCAGUCUCUGUCGACCCCCUUUUACCGGUUGUCAGUACUGGAGGCUUAUUUCAUCCCCAAAGAUGGCAGCCUGGCCUCUUACAAGGAGUACAUCAGCAUGUUGCCCAGCAUGGACCCCCCUGAGGCCUUUGGCCAGCACCCCAAUGCGGAUGUGGCCUCCCAGAUCACUGAGGCACGAACUCUCUUUGAGACUCUGCUUUCCCUGCAACCCCAGAUUACACCCACCAGGGCUGGAGGCCAGAGCCGGGAAGAGAAGGUCCUCGAGUUGGCUGCUGACGUGAAACAGAAGAUCCCUGAAAUGAUCGACUAUGAGGGGACCCGAAAACUGCUGGCCAUGGACCCCUCCCCCCUCAACGUGGUCCUUCUGCAGGAGAUUCAGAGAUACAACAAGCUUAUGGAGACCAUCCUGUCCUCACUGACAGACCUCGAAAAAGGCAUUCAGGGCCUCAUCGUCAUGUCUACGAGCCUGGAAGAGAUUUUCAAUUGCAUCUUCGAUGCCCAUGUCCCUCCACUCUGGGGAAAGGCUUAUCCCUCACAAAAGCCACUGGCUUCGUGGACCCGGGACCUGGCCAUGCGCGUGGAGCAGUUUGAGCUGUGGGCCAAACGUGCCCGGCCUCCUGUGAUCUUCUGGCUGUCCGGCUUCACCUUUCCCACGGGCUUCCUCACUGCUCUGCUGCAGUCCUCAGCUCGCCAAAACAACAUUCCAGUGGACAACCUCUCUUGGGAGUUCAUUGUUUCCACCGUGGACGACAGCAACCUAGUGUAUCCACCCAAGGACGGCGUCUGGGUCCGUGGCCUGUACCUGGAGGGCGCCGGCUGGGACAGGAAGAACUCCUGCUUGGCGGAGGCGGAGCCCAUGCAGCUUGUCUGCCUCAUGCCCACGAUCCACUUCAGGCCUACGGAGAGUCGCAAGAAGAGCGCCAAGGGCAUGUACUCCUGCCCCUGCUAUUACUAUCCCGACCGGGCGGGCAGCGCAGACCGAGCCUCCUUUGUCAUCAGCAUCGACCUGCGGUCCGGGACCAUGACACCUGAUCACUGGAUCAAGAGGGGCACUGCUCUACUCAUGAGCCUGGACAGCUGAGAAGGCCGCCUCUUCCUCCCCGCUUGAGGGAGGGUCGGGCACUCUAGGGACCGAGGCUGGCCUUAACUGGGACCACAUAAUGGGGGCCUGGAGACAGCUAGGUGUGCUAGAGCAAUAAAACACCCUCAACCGUAA